UGCAAUUUUGCAGAAAAAUAUUUGUUUUACCUAAAAUCUAUACUCUAAUUUAUUAGAAAUUAAUAGUAAAAAUUAUAUUACGACUUGAAUUAUAACUUAUUUAUACUUUGACUUUACUGUUGACCAGGAAUGCUUGCUGUCGUCUGAAUUUUAAGUUGUAUUACUUGAAGUGUAGUUUACAAUGGCGUGUAUAGGAAUAACAACUGCAAAUGCAGACUCUGAAAUGGAGGAGGGUGAAAUUGUUGAUGACUUGGAUGAUUUAUCUGAUAUUUCUUCGGAAGAAGAGUUUUUAUUACGAGAAAGAUUGCAGGUGUUAGAAAAUUAUAACAAUGUCCUUGAGCGAACCAAAGCUAAGCAGAUCUCGCUGGGCUCAAAUGGAGUUUUAAAAGUUGAAUGUAAGGUAAUAAAAGAGCCAAAACAUACUAAACCAUACUACAAAUAUAAAAAACCAGAACAUAAAAAGUAUAUUGACAAAGAAAAUGGAAAAAGUAAGAGAAAGAAAAACAUUGUCCGUAGAAAGAAAAGUGAAACAAGUGAGGAUUCAGAUGAUGAUUAUAGAAAUAAAAGACAAAAGUUAGCAGAUGCUGUAUCACUGAAUAAACCAAAAAAUGAUACAACAUCACUAAAAGAUAGAAUAACAAAGAUGUUAUCAGGAAAAAAAAUUGACGACUGCCAUAGCAACAAUGAAAAAAUUGAAAGGAGAAAGAGUGAAAAUGAUGCAGAUGUAGUCGUAGACAUCACAGAAGGUGAGACAGAAGCAGUUGUUUCAGUUGCAUCCUCCAAAUCCAGUGAAUGUAUUGUACCUUCAGUUGCUGAUCAUGAUAAGAAAGAAACAAGUGAAGAGAUAUCACUUGAUGUUGUUGAUAGAGGCAAUCAGGUGGCAAACAGUGAAGCGAGUUCAGAUGAGGAUAUAGAAUUAUUAAGGCAACAUGCGCUUCAAACCAAAUCUUCCAAAAGUAAAGGUCAAAAAGAGUCUAAUCGUGUAAAAAAUGUACCUUCAUCUGAAGACGAAGACAGCGAUACAACUGAAUUGCGAUUGAUAUGUCUUAAAUCAGCUUUAUUGAAAAAAGCUAUAGAAAUGAAACAGAAACAGAAACUACAAAAAAAGUUGUCCCAAUCUCAAAGUGAGCUUGAGUUUGAUGUAGAUUUAAACAGUGGAGAAAAUCAGACGGAUGUUGAGUCUGUAGAUAUGGAUAUCGGUUCUGAUGGGGAUGAUAAAAAUAGGGGUAACAUUAUUGAUAGCAAUUGUAAUAAUGAAAUUAAUACAAAGACAGACACCAAAUCUAAAGACGAUGAUAUUGAAGAAGAUGAAGAUUUGUUACGAGCAAAACUUUUAACAUCCCUAACUAAGAAUCUUCCCAAUCUUGUAGAUCCUCAAAUUUUGAAUAGCAUUGUAGAUGAGCCUACUAAAGCUAAAAAAAUAGAAGAAACUAAACCACCUGAUACUAAAGAAGAGAAAAAGUUUAUAAUACAGCUCGGCGAAUCAGAUUCUGAUGGAGAACAUGAAGCUACUAAAAAUUUAGCGAAAAUGCACAAAAAACUUUCGGAACAGGAGGAAUUCCAACGUCAAUUAGAUAUGUUUCUGAAAUCUUCCAGAAUGGAGGUUGAAAAGAAUAUUUUACCGGAUGUUGUGCAAACUCCUUCAGAAAAACCAAUGCAAAAAUUUGUUCCUAAGACCAUGAACAGUUUACCGAGGUCUGAACAGAUAGAGUAUAAGAAUUUAGUUAAAAGAAUGCAAGAAUUGGAAAAAAUUAAAAAUGCUCGACAGACAUUGCUCAAUAUGGGAAAUAAAAUGCCUCCAGUAAAGGAUACAUUGAAACCUAGCAAUACUGUUAAAGCAGCAACUAUCAAUUCUAUAGAAUUAGAUGAGAGAAUUGCUGCAUCAAGGAGAAAAAUAGCAGACGAAUCAGCAAAAAUGCUGAAAUUAAAAGAGGAAGCCACAAAGCUAUCGCAGAAAUAUCAAUUACUGCAAGUUGAACUAAGAAAUGUUAGAAAUGCAAUUAGGAUAAACAAAAAAUUUCAACAGACUGUGCAAAACGGUUUAAGUAUUAGUAGAUUACAACACCAGAGUCUUUUGAAAAGCUUAACGAAUGCCAAACAUUCCACCCAAGUUUCAGCUCCUACCCCUUUAAAUAGGCCUGUAAAGAUUACAAAUAAAUUACAAAAGGAAAACAAUCCAUCAAUAAAAGGUUUAAACAAUCCACAAACACUGAAAGCAGUCAAAGUGAGUGUCGUCAACGAUUUUAACCCGGAAAUGCCCCAUCCGAGGCUAUCCGUUCAAGUAGACAUAACAAAUAAUAAGAAAGUUGUAAAAUCAAAUCCAGUUCAAGAAAGAAUUGUUGAUUUUACGAAUAGCAACAAAAGAGAGGAAAUCAGAAGUAGUUCAGAUACCAAUACAAGACAUACUCCUGAUGAUAGUGGUCAAAUUGAAAAUAAUUUGGGAAAUACAGAAGAAAUAAUUAGCGAUUACAAAUCCCCACUAGAUUCGUUAAGAAAUAAAAGUUGGGUUGAAGACCCUAAUGCUUUUCUCUGCCCGUUCGAAGUUGGUGGCAGCUGCAGGGAUCCCGACUGCAAACACAUACACCCAAAAACACAAUGACAUACACACAUACACUGCCAUACACACACACUUCCCCUCGUCUAAUGUAUUUCGACUGGACAGCAGCAACGUUUGGCGGUGCGGGUCGGCGCCUCGGUGGUAAGUUACAAGUACAUUUAAUAUUAGUGCUAAAUGACAUUAUUUAGGAGUACGGGACUACAGAACAGUUCGCCGGAAGUGUGUGUUUUAGAUUAUAAUAUUUAUUCCAAUUCUAAUGUGUAUCAAAAGAUAUGAAUAAAGAUAUCAUUUGUA